CUCGUCUUCCUCCUCGGCCUCCCGCUACCCCGCAGCAGCUGGGCGCGGCACGCCACGCGUCACCACCACUCGCCACCGGGGGAGGGAGCGCGAGGUCGCGGGCAGGCAUGAAGGGCGGAGUCAUCAGGGGAGGCGGCGGCGGAGGAGGUGGCGGGGGAGCCGGCGGCCCGGGGCUGAUGCGCACGCGGCUGCGGCUCCCCGUGGUGCUCCUCUCCUGCUCACUAUUCUUCCUCGCCGGCUUCUUCGGCUCCCUCCUCUUCACCCAGGAUCCGCAGGCGGAGGAGGAGCUGGAAGCGCCGAUGAGGAGGGAGCGGCUGCUGGAGGCGGCGUGGCCGGGGAUGGCGUAUGGCGUGUCCGGCGAGCCGGAGCCGUCCUUGAUCCCUUACCAGAUUUUGAGCUGGCAACCUCGUGCAUUAUAUUUCCCACAAUUUGCAACAUCGCGGCAGUGUGAAAAUAUUGUAAAAACUGCUAAACAAAGGCUUAUGCCAUCAACAUUGGCUUUAAGAAAAGGAGAAACCGACGAGAGCACCAAAGGAAUAAGGACAAGCUCAGGCGCAUUUCUAAGUUCUGAUGAAGAUCCAACUGGAACCCUUGCAGACAUUGAAAUGAAGAUUGCAAAGGUCACCAUGAUCCCUAAAAGUCAUGGGGAGCCCUUCAAUAUCCUCCGUUACGAGAUUGGACAGAGGUAUGCUUCACACUAUGACGCAUUUGAUCCAGCUCAGUAUGGGCCACAAAAAAGUCAAAGGGUUGCAUCUUUUUUGCUUUAUCUUACGGAUGUUGAAGAAGGGGGAGAAACUAUGUUCCCGUAUGAGAAUGGGGAAAACAUGGAUAUAGGUUAUGACUAUGAAAAGUGCAUCGGCUUAAAGGUUAAACCAAGGAAGGGUGAUGGUCUCUUGUUUUACUCCCUUAUGGUAAAUGGCACCAUUGAUCCGACAUCUCUUCAUGGUAGCUGCCCAGUUAUCAAAGGAGAAAAAUGGGUCGCUACAAAAUGGAUUAGAGAUAAGAGUAAGGCAGUGUAAAUGCGGUUAGUAGUCUCCACGUCCCAUAUAGAUCAUAGGCAUAUAUACUAAAAAUCUUUGUACACGUUUCUCUAUGAACAUUACAUCUAUUCAAUUUUCAUAAGCGUGAAUGAACUAGUGAGAAAAGAAGUUGCUUCUAUGUUGAGUCUUCUGGCAGAACUAUUCACCUGUUUGGGGAAAUUUUCGCAAUAGAAGGAACGAAGGAACUUAUGCAAGUUUUUACAUUUAUUCAAUUUUCAUAAGCGUCAAUGAACUAGUGAGAAAAAAAGUUACUUCUAUGUUUGAGUCUUCUGGCAGAACUAUUCACCUGUUUGGGAAAUUUUCGUAAUAGAAGGAACGA